AUGCCAGAAGACAGCGACCGGUGCUUCUUCAGGCUCCGCGAUGAUGUUUCCUGGCCGUCGUCUCGACUGACGGAUCCCGGGACUCCAGGCGCUGUCUACCGACCGCUGUACGAGCGGCUUGCGGAAGCUCUGCGCUGGAAGCACGAGCCCAAUGAGGUCUUCGCUGCAGGUGGGCACCAUUUCUUACUGCCGGCCUUCUUCCACAUGCUAUCCGAGCUCGAGAAGCAGGGCAGAGACUUCUCGGUGGUGAUUCGCACGUUCGGCACCGACAUCCCGGAGGUGGCGAAGUGCCUCGCAGGCUUCGCUGAGGGUUUGCACCCGGACUUCCCCAACCAAACGGACCGACUCAGGUCCGUCGUGGAGCAGUCGGGAUUGGCCGUGCGGCGGAAGGACAGGUCGGAUCCCUCGAGCCCGAUAUUGCUCCGGCGAUACGAGGAGCAGAUUGGCUCCGCCGGCUUUGGGAAAGAUCUGACCACUCCGGAAAAGCUCCAGUAUACGGACGAGAUCGUCGAGAAUAGCAUUCCCGACUUCCUCACCGCUGGCCCUGCCGCAUGCGUGCGGGACGAUUACUUCUACUGGAAGGGCAACAACUACCGGCCUGAGACAGGCAAACCAGUAUGGCUGACGCUGGAUGAGGAAAACGUGCAGCACAUCUUCUUUGACGACAACAUCCACAACGAUCCAGACGACUCGAUCGUUGGGAUCCGGGUCCGCGAGUCUGCUUCCGACAACUUCAGGGGCCUCUCUGGCGAGGCGACGCGCCGCCUGGAGGGCGUCUUCCUGGUGAAGGCGCAGCCAGUGGAUGCCAUUCUGGACCCAGGCUACUUCUUGAGGAACAUCCGCCGCUGCGAAGAGAACUUCGACCGACUUCGUGCCGAUGGCAGUCUUGCGCGAUUGCUGAGUGGCGCGUAA